GUUCUGACUUAUAAGUGGCGCGGACCGGCUUAAGCAUCAUUCAAUCAUCAAAUAUGAUAGUGAUACCUGUUCUGGUUUCGUUAGUUGCUGUUUGUGUUGUGUCGUUUUUUCUUUAUUUAAAAUGGACUUUUUCGUAUUGGUCCAAACGGAACGUCUUCACACUUCCUCCAGUUCUUCCUUUCGGGAACGCAAACAAACAAUUUUACAGGAAGGCAACGUUUACAGAAGAAAUAACCGAAGUGUAUAAAGUUGCCAAAAAAAAGGGACUCUCGUAUUGCGGUUACCAUUUCUUCUUCCAGCCAACCUUUGUUCCUGUCGACGUUGAUUUGGUGCGUAAAAUGCUGACGGUUGAUUUUCAAUAUUUCACUGAUCGUACAAUUUACGUCGACGAAGAUGUUGACCCUCUGAGUGGACACUUGUUUUCUUUAAAAGGAGCCAAGUGGAAAGCCCUAAGAACCAAGUUGAGUCCCUUGUUUUCGAGCGGGAAAUUGAAGAUGAUGUUUCAGACGCUAGUGGAUUGUUCCAAGAAUCUUCCUGCUGUUUUGGAAGAGGCUAUAGCUUCAGACAGUCCCAUUGACAUAAAAGACACUUUUGCCAGAUACACCACCGAUGUGAUUGGAUCAGUUGGUUUUGGAAUAGAAUGUAACUGCUUAAAGAACCCGGACAACGAGUUUAGGGAAUACGGGAAGAAAUCAGUGGAAGUUAAAGGAUUCGAUGCGAUUAAAUUUUUAUUCGCUCUCUUAUCACCAAAAAUACUCCAAAUCACUCGAACUCCCAACACGAGAAAAGACGUGGAAAACUUUUUUUUGGGUCUCACCAAGGAUACUAUCGAGUACAGGGACAGAACCAACUUUGAAAGACAGGACUUCAUACAACUCCUUAUGAAACUGAGAAACAAAGAGAUCAAAGUUGAAUCUGCCACUAAUAACAACAGCAAAAGUGAUGGGAUCGCUUACUAUCAAAACGGUUUGACCAUGAACGAAAUUGCUGCUCAAGCAUUUGUCUUCUUUGUCGCUGGAUUCGAAACGUCCUCGACCACUUUGAACUUCAUGAUGUACGAACUGGCGACGCAUCCAGAGAUCCAAGACAAACUCAGGGAAGAAAUUAACCAGGUCUUAGCCAAACACGACGGAAAUAUCACGUACGAGGCCAUACAAGAAAUGACCUAUUUAGACAUGUGUACGUUUGAAACUUUAAGGAAAUAUCCUCCGUUACCGUCACAACAAAGGGAAUGCACGAGAACGUACAAAGUGCCUGAUUCUGAUUUAACAAUUGAAAAAGGUACAGCAGUAUUGAUACCAAUAUAUGCAAUUCAUCAUGACCCCGAGAUAUACCCCGAUCCCGAAAAGUACGACCCCGAACGAUUCUCAGAUGAGGUAAAAAAGAAAAGGUCACCUUUCGCGUUUCUGGCCUUUGGAGAAGGCCCCAGGAUAUGUAUUGGUAUGCGUCUCGGCCUCUUACAGACAAAAGUUGGACUGGUAACGAUGUUGAAAGAUUAUAAAUUUACUUUAAACCCCAAAACGCAAUUGCCUAUCAAAUUCGAACCGUUCCAGUUUGUCAUAACUGCUCAGGGAGGCAUUUGGGUUGAACCGCACACAGUUUAAAUUUACUUAAAUUUAGCCACUUCUGUGCAUUUAAAAAAGCGCUGUAAUUAAUUGGUACUUUUUGGUACUGUAUAUUAGAAUAAGUUAUAGUUGUAAUUGUUUUAUAUAUUUUAUUGUUAUUUUAAUAUGAAUAAAAACGUGCUAUAUGUUUA